UUUAAACGAAAGUGAAGGACAUUAAAGGUUUUCGCUUUCUCUGCACCGUGAGAGACGACGACUCCUCUGUUCCACCUCUCUCUCUGUGGUGGCUCGCUGUGUGUACAAUUUUCAUCAGUGUUCCCUCCAUUAAACCCUAAUUCUCCGUAGAUCCUCGUCAGCUGUUGUACUUUCUACGUAGUUCUCGGGAAGCACACCGGCGGCUCUGUUUCGGAGGAAAUUUUGGGCUCUGAUCGGGUCGUGAUCUCGUGAUUCCGCGCCUCCUCUUUCUCUCUGAAUUUCUGCGGAUUCCGGCAGGAAUUUAUAUGGGUAAAAGAUUGAAUUUGAGUGGUACUUCCUAAUGUAUAGCAAUGAGAGGAAUAUCACAGGGAUUGAUAAUCGGGAUAACUAUAGGAGUUGUAAUAGGCCUGUCUUUGGCUGUAUUUGCUCUCCUUUGUGUUCGAUAUCGACGAAGACGUGCACAGAUCAGUAGCAGCAGUUCACGAAGAAACACCACCAUCCCUAUUCGCAUCAAUGGCGUGGAUGCUAGUACGAUAUUGUCUGAUUCAACCAUCGGCCAGGAUUCUCCAAAACAUUCUGAUGCCAAUGUCAUGUCAUUCUGGUUCGAUGGUCCUAAAAGAAAGAGUUUAACUUCUAUGUCUGGGAUACCCAAAUAUUCAUACAGGGAUCUACAGAAAGCCACUCAUAACUUCAAUACAUUAAUAGGUCAGGGAGCAUUUGGUCCAGUUUAUAAAGCAGAGAUGCCUGGUGGUGAAACUGUUGCUGUUAAAGUACUUGCUAAAAAUUCUAAGCAAGGAGAAAAAGAGUUCCAUACAGAGGUUCUACUUCUUGGAAGGUUACAUCACAGGAACCUUGUAAAUUUGGUGGGGUAUUGUACUGAAAAGGGUCAGAACAUGCUUGUAUAUGUCUACAUGUGUAAUGGCAGCCUUGCUUCUCAUUUAUACGACUUAAAACGUGAACCUUUGAAAUGGGAGCUUAGAGUACUUAUAGCACAGGAUGUGGCAAGGGGCUUGGAGUACCUUCAUGAUGGCGCUGUUCCUCCAGUUUUGCAUCGAGAUAUAAAGUCUGGUAACAUACUACUGGAUAAGUCCAUGAGAGCCAGGGUGGCUGAUUUUGGGCUUUCAAGAGAGGAAGCAGUUAGUCAACGGGCUAAUGAUAUCAGGGGUACUUACGGAUAUCUUGACCCUGAUUAUAUAUCAACAAGGUCUUACACCAAGAAGAGUGAUGUUUACAGCUUUGGAGUGUUGCUUUUUGAAUUGAUCACGGGCAAAAACCCCAAUCAGGGCCUUCUCGAGUUAGUAGACCUUGCUGCAUUAAAUGCUGAAGGAAAAGGUGGUUGGGAGGAAAUUGUUGAUCCUCGGAUUGACCGGAAUUAUGACACUGAAGAAUUGAAUGGUAUGGCAAUGCUUGCGUACAAAUGCAUGAACCGCUUGCCACGGAGGAGGCCAGCAAUGGGUGAGAUAGUGCAGGCUCUUUCACGAAUCCACAGGCCAAGGCAGAGCAGGGGCCAUACACCAACAAUGUCUAUGGACACUGCUUUAGAAAUGAGCCAGCUAGAAUCUCAGAUUCCAAAUGGGCAGCUACUCAGAGGAGAAUCUGUUGACCGCAUGGCAGUUCCCACAGAAGUUUAGACGAACCAUUAGUUCUCUAUUGUUUGUUAUAUGAACAUACUGCAUUUUGUAAAAGAAGGAGAAAAGGAAAAAAAGUUUUAAGUUAUUAUACCUUCUAGGGUUUGACGGGUGUUUUCAAGUGCCCUGUAUCUUCUUCAAUUGUAAUAUAGUGUCUUUGGGGUUCCCCCGUUUUCUUCUUUCGUCUGUCUGCUUAUUCUUUUAGACUUGUUUUCGGAAUUGAUACAGUUGUAGAAAUUCCGCUUCUCAACCUGAUCAGUUGAAGAGUAUUCGGACAGUGUACUUAAUGUCUUGCAGUUGAUGAAAGAUGACAUUGAAUUCUCCUUA